ACAAAAGGAAGAACACCAAAAAAUAUAAACCCUGAUUUCAGUAGUUCACGUGUUGUCAUGCAUGCGUCAUAUUUGUUGAAAUUGUUGUGAUUUGUGACAGUGACAUGAUUCGCAAUUUCUAUAUUGAUCCUCUUCAUUUUUUUCUGCAACUAUGAACCAACAAACUAUGCAAUAAUUUCAUUUCAAUUCGUUUCUUAUUUUCACACCGUUUCUGAAUCAUGCCUCCUCCCAGUUUAAGUGAAACGGUGAAAGUUGUAGAGAAAAUGGUGACAAGAACAGUGGAUCUUCGAUCAGACACAGUGACAAAGCCAACUGAAGCAAUGAGAGCUGCAAUGGCGAGUGCUGAGGUUGAUGAUGAUGUUCUUGGAAAUGACCCAACUGCAUUUCUCUUAGAGACAGAGAUGGCGAAGAUAAUGGGAAAGGAAGCAGCACUUUUUGUUCCAUCAGGCACUAUGGGGAACCUUAUUUGUGUACUUGUUCAUUGUGAUAUUAGGGGAAGUGAAGUUAUUCUUGGUGACAAUUGUCAUAUUCAUAUUUAUGAGAACGGAGGUAUUUCAACCAUUGGUGGAGUGCAUCCGAGAACGGUGAAAAAUAACGAUGAUGGAACUAUGGAUAUUGAUUUGAUUGAGGCUAAUAUCAGAAAUCCUAGAUGGGACCUUAUGUAUCCAACAACUAGGCUCAUUUGCUUGGAAAAUAGUCAUGCUAACUCGGGUGGCAGAUGCCUCUCAGUUGAAUACACAGAUAGAGUUGGAGAGGUUGCUAAGAAGCACGGCCUGAAGCUUCACAUCGAUGGAGCCCGUAUUUUUAACGCAUCAAUUGCACUUGGUGUUCCUGUGGAUAGGCUUGUCAAAGCAGCUGAUUCGGUUUCAGUUUGCCUAUCUAAAGGUUUAGGUGCUCCAGUUGGCUCUGUUAUUGUUGGUUCCAAGAACUUCAUAACCAAGGCUAAGCGACUCCGGAAAACCUUAGGUGGUGGAAUGAGACAGAUUGGCAUACUCUGUGCUGCUUCACUUGUUGCCUUAAAGGAGAAUGUCGGAAAGCUGGAAAGUGAUCACAAGAAAACUAGACUUUUGGCUGACGGAUUGAAUGAAAUUGAAGGACUCAGAGUUAAUCCAUGUUCUGUGGAGACCAACAUAAUAUUUAUUGACAUUGAAGAGGGUUCACGAACUACAGCAGAAAAGAUAUGCAAAUACUUGGAAGAACGCGGGAUCCUUCUGCUGCAAGACAAAUCAUCAAGAUUGAGAGUUGUCCUCCACUUCCAAAUAUCAUCAAGUGAUGUGCAGUACACCUUGUCAUGCUUUCAGCAAGCUUUACAAAUUGAAAAUGGCAACUAGUGGAAAAAUAGCACUUUGCUGACUGGCGUAUCAUUGUUAAUUAUAUCAUCAAAGGGGAAAUCCGAAUUUCAUUUGUCUUUGUUUAUUUUAUUUUUCUUGAAUGUUAUCCUGAAGAUAUGACCUAUUAUGAAUUAUUUUGACUUUAACAUCGAUUCUAAAUUGUCUUGUGGCUUGUUUAA